UUGAGGCAUAAAUGAAGCCAUCCGACAGUGAUGAACAAUAUAUGAGAGCUUGAAACACACUAUUCAAAAAGAUGGAAGGGCAAUUUCAACAAAUUUUAAUAUCUUUUUUGUCUGAAGAUAAUGACGUCCGAUCACAAGCCGAGGAGGCUUAUAACAGUUUAGCUGUAGAUGUCAAAGUUACUCAUUUGCUUGCUGCCAUUCAAAACUUCCAGCUGAGCGAGGAAUGUCGUUUGAUGGCGGCUGUUGUUUUAAGAAGGCUAUUUACGUCUGAGUUUUUUGAUUUUUAUUCAAAGCUUUCAUCAGAUGCACAAAUCCAAUUGAAAAAUCAAAUUUUGCUAACUCUUCAACAAAAUGAAACGCCGAAUAUGCGCCGAAAAAUAUGUGAGGUAGUUGCCGAAGUUGUUCGUAGUUUGAUUGAUGAUGACGGAAAUAAUUUAUGGCCAGAAUUUCUUCAGUUUUUAUUUCAAUGCGCUAAUUCUGACAGUGCUCAAAUGCAGGAAUCUGCGCUUCGUAUAUUUUCAUCAGUGCCAGGAAUAUUUGCAAAUCAACAAAACCAAUAUUUGGAUGUAAUUAAAGCCAUGUUGUCAAAGUACAUGGCACCGGAAUCUGAUCCAGAAGUAAGGUUUCAGGCGGUUCGAGCUUUGGGACAAUUUAUUUUGCUUCAUGAUAAGGAACAAGAAAUUCAGAAGCAUUUUUCAGAUCUCUUCCCAUCUGCUUUGAUCAUAAUCGCAGAGAGCAUACAACGUGAGGAAGAUCAAACUUUAUUAAAGUUGUUAAUCGAAAUGGCUGAAACUGUACCGAAAUUUUUAAGAGCUCAACUAGAUACAAUUUUCGAAGUGUCUUUAAAAACUUUUAGUAAUAUUCAAGUAGAGGAUACGUGGAGACAUUUGGCACUUGAAGUAAUGGUAUCACUUUCUGAAAAUGCAGCAGCAAUGGUUCGAAAACGUGCCGAUAAAUAUAUCGCUGCAUUAGUACCUUUAAUCUUGCAAAUGAUGACUGAUUUGGAAGACGAUGAUGGCUGGGCAGUAUCUGACGAAAUAAAUGAAGAUGAUACUAGUGAUAACAAUGUUAUUGCUGAGUCUGCAUUAGACCGACUUGCAUGUGGUCUUGGAGGCAAAUGUGUUUUGCCUCAUAUUGUCUCAAAUAUUUCUAAUAUGCUACUUAAUCCAGAUUGGAAACAACGACACGCAGCUCUAAUGGCUAUUUCAGCUGCAGGUGAAGGUUGCCAUAAACAAAUGGAAGCCAUGCUAGAUAAUAUUAUGCAAGCAGUGUUGAAGUACUUGCUGGAUCCCCAUCCUAGAGUUCGGUACGCAGCAUGUAAUGCUAUUGGCCAAAUGUCAACUGAUUUUUCACCGAUAUUCGAGAAAAAAUUUCAUGAACAAGUCAUACCCGGUCUUUUAAACUUACUUGAUGAUGUUCAACAUCCUAGAGUUCAAGCACAUGCUGGUGCAGCAUUGGUAAACUUUAGUGAAGACUGUCCAAAAAAUAUAUUAACUCGUUACUUAGAUUCAAUCAUGUCUAAACUAGAAUCCAUCUUGACAGCAAAAUUUAAGGAACUGGUCGAAAAAGGAACAAAAUUAGUUUUAGAACAGAUCGUAACAACUAUUGCAAGUGUUGCUGAUACUACAGAAAAAGAUUUUGUCAUUUAUUAUGAUCGUUUGAUGCCUUGUUUGAAGUACAUUAUUCAAAAUGGAAAUACUGAAGAAUUAAAGAUGCUACGAGGAAAAACCAUAGAAUGCGUUUCACUAAUUGGAUUGGCUGUUGGUGCCGAAAAAUUUAUGUCUGAUGCAAGCGAAAUUAUGGACUUGUUAUUGAAAACUCACACAGAAGGAGAUUUACCAGACGACGAUCCUCAAACAUCUUAUUUGAUAUCAGCUUGGGCACGCAUAUGUAAAAUUUUGGGUAAACAAUUUGAGCAAUAUUUGCCUCUUGUAAUGGGUCCUGUUAUGGCUACUGCAUCAAUGAAGCCCGAGGUUGCAUUGCUUGAUAAUGAUGAGGUACAAGAUGUUGAAGGUGAUAAUGAUUGGCAAUUCGUUAAUUUAGGCGAGCAACAAAACUUCGGAAUUCGAACGGCAGGACUUGAGGACAAAGCUUCGGCAUGUGAAAUGCUAGUAUGUUACGCAAGAGAAUUAAAAGAAGGUUUUGCAAACUAUGCCGAAGAGGUUGUACGUUUGAUGGUACCUAUGCUUAAAUUUUAUUUUCAUGAUGGUGUCCGUACAGCUGCUGCAGAGUCUUUACCAUUUUUAUUAGAUUGUGCUAAAAUAAAAGGACCACAAUAUUUAGAAGGAAUGUGGGCAUACAUUUGUCCAGAGUUGUUAAAAGCCAUAGUUAGUGAGCCUGAAACUGAUGUGAUUUCCGAAUUACUUAAUUCUUUAGCUAAAUGUAUUGAAACUUUAGGACCUAACUGUUUAAAUGAACAAGCGAUGGAUGAAGUUUUAAAAAUUAUUGACAAAUUUAUGUUGGAACACUUUGAAAAAUCUGAUAAAAGAGCACAAGCAAGAAAAGAUGACGAUUAUGAUGAUGGAGUUGAAGAACAACUAGCUGAUGAAGAUGAUCAAGAUAUAUAUUUAUUAUCCAAAAUAGCUGAUAUUAUUCAUUCAUUAUUUGUAACUAACAAGUCAAACUUUUUGCCGCAUUUCAACAAAGUGGUAUCUCAUUUCGCAAAAUUGUUAGAUCCUUCAAGAACAUGGGCAGAUCGACAAUGGGGUCUAUGUAUAUUUGAUGAUGUCAUAGAAUACUGUGGGCCCCAUUGUAGUCAGUAUCAACAAAUAUUUUUAUCUCCAAUUAUGACAUAUUUAAAAGAUAGCCAACCAGAAGUAAGACAAGCGGCAGCAUAUGGUUGUGGAGUGCUCGCACAGUAUGGAGGAGAAAUUUUCGCCUUGACAUGUGCACAAUUUAUUCCAAUUUUGAGUCAAAUAGUAAUGGCGCCUGGUAGUAGAGAUCCUGAAAAUAUCAAUCCAACAGAAAAUGCAAUUUCAGCUAUCACAAAAAUACUUAAAUACAAUUGUUCAGCUGUGACAAAUAUCAAUGAUAUACUUGGAUUAUGGUUUAAUUGGCUCCCUGUUGUUGAAGACGAUGACGAGGCGGAACAUGUAUAUGACUAUUUAUGCGAUUUAAUUCAAGCAAACCAUCCAGCAAUCGUUGGUUUGAAUAACUCUAAUUUACCAAGGAUUGUACAAAUAAUCGCCGAAGCAUUCAGUCAUAAUGCAGUAUCAUUUAACAGUCCUGUUGCUUUAAGAUUGAUAAAUAUUGUCAAACAAAUUGAGUCAAACCCUGACUUAUUUCAGGCAUGCAUUUCUUACUUAACAACUGAGCAAAAUAAAGCAUUACAAGAAGGUUAUAAAAAUGUAUUAAGCAGUCAACCACAAAAAAAUUAAAAGAAAUACUAUUCAUAUGUAUUAGAAAGCUUCUAUCUUAUUCUAAUAUGACAUAGAUUUUAAAUUCAUUCUCUUUUUGGACACCUAAAAGUUCAUGUUUUUACGAACGAAAAUCUUUAUUAUUUAAGUUUUUCAAAAUUGGUAAUAAAUUUUAUUCACUUUUAUUCAUGAUAAACCAAUAAUUAGGUACAUUUGUUAAUACCUAUAGAUCACAUAGCUUACAUAAAAUAAAUAAACUUAUUUUUUAUUUCAAGCAAUGCAGAUUAAGAAACUGUUUUGGAAAUAACAAUAUUCCAUUUUCAUCAAUUUAAAAACUAAUU